GCCUAAACUCGCCCGCAUUGUACAUGCUGUACAAUGUACAGAGUGCCCAGCCAAUCAGAUGCUUGGCGUUUGCCCCGCCAUUAGACACCUCGAGGACCCCCGAUUAAAAAAACAAUUUUGUGCAGAAGCCUUCUUUCUACGCCCAUGUACUGAUAUAGUAUUCUACAUCCCUCAGUCUCAACAGCAUCGAUUCUGCAUUUCUUCCCAUUUGAAAGGCAAGACAACUGGUUCUACAUAGACCGCGUUUCUUCACAGUCGGCGAGCUGGUAACAGACUCGAUAUGGGACGGUCCUAGUGACCAGACACAUCCUUCAGCCUUACACUACAUUCUGGAUAGUCUGGAUCGCCCGGCGACAUUCUGAAACGCCACAGCACUACUGGUUUCAUUACAGCCUUCCGCGUUCCUGUUGUCGUAUACUCGCUGAUGUCACCCUCCGCCUUGACAACCGUGCAGCUUGCACGGGUUCCUACCGGCCACUCUCUGAAACCUAUCCUCAAAUCUUCCUCCUCAAUCCUCGGUAUCAGACGCUCAAGGGAUGACGCCGGCCUCGAUGACCACGACGACGGCGAAGGCGAUGAUGCGAGCAGUAUGGAUGGACCCCACAGCCCGCAGAGAAAGCGUGCGCGCGUAGAGUUCGACCUGGAGAAUAUCGAAGUACACGAAGUUGGCGCUCGGUCUGUGGAAGAAAUAAGGAGAGAGAUUCGAGAUGCCUUAGAUCACCACGCCCAGGGCCAUGAUGAAGACUAUGAUGUCUUGAAGCAGACAUUGCAAGGAAAGUCAGCGCUGUAUCACGACAACGGAGACGAAGACGAAGACGAUGCUCCCGAUCCAGUUGCAAUGGCAAAGCAGCGCCAAGAGCUCAAGGGCUAUUUCAUUGCCCUCACGGCCUUCGCACCCCGCCUUGGAAGAUCGUGUGAUGGCCUGAUCAGGAAUGUUCUCCAGUGCCAGUGGCUCGGCCGGGAUGACCAGUUUGCUAAGAUCUAUAUUCAUUUCCUUGCCGCUUUAGUCAGCGCUCAAGGGCCUCGUCUCACCCAGGUUCUCUCUAUGAUUGCAGAGAAAUUCUCCAGUUCUCGGCCUUCGGAAUGGGCUGUUGAAGGCUGGUCUCCGGUUCCGCGUGAAGUCGCACAAGAGAGGCUUCACGUAGCUCUCCGCUAUAUUCUGAGCCUAUUCCCAGCUGCUGAGUCUGUGCUCGAGCCCAUCUUGGCUAGCAAAUAUCCUUUCCAUGAAGAACCGAAACGAACUCACUUGGCCUACGUUGAUAAUCUCCUCCGGCUUCGUCAAUAUAGUCCUGGGCUUAGACACGAUAUAAUGGACCUCAUCAUCAGUCGGCUUGUCAAAAUUGAUGUGGAGAUGCAAAUGGAUCUCGACGACAUGGAUGACAAGCUCACAGCUAUGGUUGGCAUGGCUUUGAAGUCCGCCCAGGAACACGAUGAUCAAGACGAGGACUCUGACGACAGUGACAAUGAAUCAGUCUCUAGCGCAGAGUCCGAAGACGAAGAAUACAAUCGCGUCAAGACAGCCAAAGAGAACAUUGAGAAGAUGGAUGCAAUUUUGGAUACCCUGUUUGACCUCUACACUCCCAUGUUUGCAGAUCCUCACUCCCAGGGAGCUAUGGAUGUGUUUGAAGACUUAUUGGCUGAAUUCUCAAAUCUCAUCCUUCCCACUAUCAAGUCGCGGCAUACUCAAUUCCUCAUAUUUCACUUCGGCCAACAAUCAGAUAGGCUCAUCGAUGCGUUCUGCGGCACCUGUAUCAACAUAGCUUUCGAAUCUCAACGCCCCCUUGUAUUACGACAGUCGGCUUGUGCAUACCUUGCCAGUUUUGUUGCUAGAGGCGCACACGUUCCAGGCCACAUCGUUGUUAAUAUUUUCGAAGUGCUUGGCUACCAUUUAGACGAAAUGCGCGCUGUUUAUGAAACAUCGUGUCGGGGCCCUGAUGUGCGUCGGUACGCGCCAUUUUAUGCACUAAUGCAAGCGUUAAUGUACGUCUUCUGCUUCAGGUGGCAGGAUCUUAUAAGAUCUACCCCGGAUGAUGUUGAUCGGGAAGAACCACUGUCGUAUUUAGACCAGGACAUCGAGUGGGUGCCAGAAAUAAAGGACAUCAUGAGGCGUAAUAUCUACUCGGUGCUUAAUCCUAUGAAGGUGUGUUCUCCCGUCAUCGUGGACCAGUUCGCCAAGCUUGCGCAUCACUUCCGGUUCAUGUACGUCUAUCCUCUCAUUGAAUCGAAUAAGCGACUUCGGCUCUCCCAAUUCUCUGCUGGUGCCUACUCAAACGGUGGCGGGUUACGAGACUUAGCCUUCGAUGUGAAUGACGAGAGUUGGCAACAGCUUGGUUCUUAUUUCCCAUUCGAUCCUUACCAGUUACCGAAGAGUAAGCGUUGGGUUGAUGAUGAUUACCUGCCAUGGCGACCUAUUCCCGGCCUAAACCCAGAGUAUGAGGAUGACAGCGACGAAGAAGAACUGGACGAGGAUGAAGAAAUAGAUGAAGACACAGCGACUGAGGAGGGCAUAGGAGAACAUGAUUAGCACAUUUUGUCAUGAUAUAUGAUGCAUUGGGUGGUGUUUUACAGGCGUUUUGUGGAAAUGGCUGGCUAGCUACUAGGAUUUGCUUGGAGUUGGGGAUGUAACGAAAACGAUUGACCAUGUUUUGACGAAGCACACUGGUCUGGUUUCUCUGUACUGAGUUCUAUGUAAAACCCGAUUGUUGGUCUACAAAAGUCAGCGUAUGUGAAUUCUUGCGUCUUCUUUAAGUGCGCCACAGUUCGAAUUUCCUAGUGUCAUGCACCUACGAAUCAGCGUCGAUAGGUAUCUUCGCAUUACAUUGGCCCGCUGUGCCCCAGCUGUGGUUUA